AUGGCGUAUCAUUCCCAAGCUGGGCCAUCAAACCCUAACCUUCGAAAUCCUCAACAACAAUACCAGCAAGGGUCAAAUUACGGCAAUCCUUCCGGCGGAAUCGCAAACGAAGGCCAGGAACAAGAAGCCGGUUUUGACACGCUUAAUUGGUAUCGACAUUACUUAAAGUGCCAUCAGUACUUUCUAGACGAAGCUCAACAUGACUUUUACGUUCAAGCCGUGGCAGCCUUUAUAAACAUACAACUUCCGUACCAAAGGCAGCCAUACCCAGUCAAUCGAGCUUCGGCUGCGUGGUCCGUGGCGAAUCUCACGGAUCGUGCAGAGGAAGAACGCCACCCUGUUCCAGGUUAUCCGCAACCCAUUUCUCUAAUUCCAUAUAUAAAACGAUUGAUAGUCACCGGUCAUGAUGAUGGUCCAAUUUUGGGAAUGUGGUUCGGGGCAGACUGGCGUCAAGGCAUAGGAACAAUACAUGAAAUGGAGCGACGCAAUUAUCUUUUCGCAUCGAAAAGUAAGGAAUGGCUCGACGUAAAAAAAUACUAUGAUGAUUCCGCAGCUGCAGAACAGUCAACGCCUUACAUGAUCCCUCUUCCGCAAAUUGAGGAGCUAGAACUCUCCCAUGCAGAUGAGGCCUGGAGCAGUUGGAUGGCCAUGCAGGAUUGGGUGAUCGGUCCCAGAACCCCGCAAGGUCUAUUACAGCCUCCACGUUCAAGCACGCCGCACUACAACUCGCCACGGAUAAAGAGGGAGAGGGAUUUAGAUGAUUGA